AUGAGCCCGACGUUAACCGUCUCUACACAAAUUGAGAUCGCAGCAACGCCAGCUGCAGUUCGAUCAGUGUUCAUAGACUUCGCUCGGUAUACGCAAUGGCAGCAAGGAUGGAAAUUUGAACCAGGCGACUCUGAUAAGCAGCCAUUGGACCUGAAGCCUGGUGAUGGGCUCAAGGUCAAAAUGAACGGAACUUCGAUGCAACCAAUUGUCAUGGAAAACUCAGCCAAUUCCUUCCAGUGGGAGGGAUCGCUGCUCGGGCUUAUGAAAGGUGUGCAUCAAUUUCAUUUCACCCCAAGUGAAAUAAAUCUAGGAGGUACUACAUUCACCCAUAAAGAGGACUUGAGGGGGAUUUUAAUCACUCUCUCUUCGCCCUUGUGGAGUUCUGGGGAAAUUAGCCCAAGCUCUUGGAAUCAGUUUAAUUCAGAUUUAAAGAAGGAGGUCGAGAAGUCUUUAGCAUAAAUUUUAGAAGCUUUACCCUUUAAAUAUCAGGCAGAGGUCAUGUUAAUGGAGUUUGAG